CUCUGGGGCUGGUGCGAAGCCUUGGCCAGGCAGAGGGCCAUGCCGGGCGGUUGCAGCCGCAGGGGCGCCCCAGCCUGACCGGAGGGCGGUCUCCUGCGGCCAUGAAGAAGCUCUUCACCUUCUGGAGGAGGAGUGAUGGCCCCCACCGCCCCCCGUCCUGGCAGCCCCGCCACGGGGCCCCCGUGGCGCCCCAGGUGUACUCUGGCUACAGCCUCCGAGAUCGGGACUUGAAGGCUCUUCACAGAGCUGCUGCCCUGGGGGAUCUGAACAAGGUGAAGGAGUGCCUGCUGCUCAAGAAACAUGACGUGGACACUCAGGACAGAAAGCUCAGGACACCUUUGCACCUGGCCUGUGCUUUUGGAUGUUCAAAUAUUGUAUCUUUCUUAAUAGAGAAACAAUGCCAAAUAGACAUCGUGGAUAAAGAAAGGAAAUCUCCAUUGAUUAAGGCUGUGCAGUGUAAAAAGGAGGCUUGUGCUGCUAUGCUUCUAGACCAAGGUGCAAACCCAAAUCUGAUGGAUUUCGAUGGCAAUACCGCUCUUCAUUAUGCUGUCUAUGGUCAAAGUGUCGCAUUAGUAAGAAAGCUGCUUGAACACAAAGCUAAUCUUGAAAUAAGAAAUAAGGAUGGGUACACUCCACUUUUACUUGCUGUUACUGAAAACAAUGCAGAAAUGGUGGAAUUUCUUCUGAAGAAAGGAGCAAAUGUGAAUGCUUCAGAUUUUAAUCAAAGAACAGCCCUUAUGAUUGCUCUAAGUGAUGAACCAACAAAUUUGGUUAGUCUUCUUCUUCAGCAUGAAGUGGACCUAUCUCGCCAAGAUAUUUAUGGAUUCACAGCUGAGGAAUAUGCUUCUUUUAAUGGUUUUACUAUAUACCAUCAUUUAAUUGCUAGUUAUGGAAAGGAGAAGAAAGUUAAAAAAUAUAAAGGUACAGCCUUGGACACUACAUUUGAUACAGAAGAACUGGAGGAAGGGCCUUGGUCGGAAGCAUCAGCAGAACCUGAGAAUUUGUUGGAAAUGAACAUUUUUGGUCUCACGUCUGAUUCACUGAUUCAGAAACUUGGGGAUGUGGCCAGUAGUCAGUUUUCUAACAAGCCCUUCAAGUGA